AUGCCUCAACUGGGAAACACCACAGCAAAAGCCGAAUUAGGUCGAGCCACAUGGAAGCUCAUUCACACAAUGGCCUCAAGAUACCCUAUCAAGCCUAAACCGGAUGAGAGGGCUGCUGUUAAACAAUGGAUUAUGCUACUCUCGAGACUUUAUCCUUGCGGUGAAUGUGCGGAUCACUUUCAACAGAUGUUGAAGGAACAUCCUCCACAGACAUCCUCAAGAGCUGCACUGUCGAAUUGGGCCUGCGCUGUCCAUAACGUUGUCAAUAUACGCCUGGGGAAGCCAGAAUUUGAUUGCAGCACUCUAGCAGAUGUAUACAAGUGCGGUUGUGCUGAUGAGUCGACGGAAGAGAAGGAAAAAGAAGACAAUAGCUAA